GCCAAUGGCCACUUCGCCAACGCAAACAGCCUCGAGGCUACGGCAGAGGAGCAGGGCACCAGAGCUCUGGGCGCCGGCCCGGCAAUGAAGGCACUGCUGGCGAGGACGUGGCUUGAGUCGGCUGUGGAGGCGCGAGAUUUGGAGGCAGUCGAGGCGUGGCUCCAUGCGCACGAGGACAGGCAGCACGUUUCGGAGGCCUUCGUGGCCUAUGCACGUGCCUACGAGCAGCUGCUGAAGCAGAACUGGGCGGGGUGCCAGCGCGCCGUGGCCCAGGCGAAGGCGGCGGCCGUGGGCGAUCUGACA